GUGUUGUGAUUUGCUGAGGGCUGGGCCUUUACCUUUCCCCCUCUCCUGCUGUAGGUACAAAUACUGAGAGGAUCUGGCAGCUGCUCUAUGCCCUCUUCCUCUGAGACGUCAGUCCUCUCAGUCUGCCUGUCUGUUAUACUUCUUCUUAAAGUUUCAGUUGCCGAAAACCAUGUUUCCUGUGGAAUAACUCCCCCUCUGAAUCAGUUCAAAGUGUCUCCUUCGAAGAACCUGAGAAAAAGAAGACAGAGGCAAAGCGCAGCUUCUGCACGGAGAGAUGCCAGAGACAUCCAGAGAGAGUGUGAGACGCGGACAAGCUCAGCCACACCGUGACAACAAGAUCAAACAGCUGGAAGAGCUUCCUCCUCCUCCUCCUCCUCCUCCUCCUCCUCCUCCUCAGACCAAGGACGCCUCAGGAAGUCAGUGUUGGAACAAAAUGGAAGGCAUUAGGCAGAAACAGCAGAGACCGUCAGUGCUGCGUCAGGUUUCCCAAAAAGCUACCAGACAACAACACGUGCAUCCAGAAUGUAAUGCAGCCGUCUCCAUUUGCAAGGAAGAGGUGGAUGCAGGCUGUCUUCCCCAGUCAUCUUCACCACACAUGGGCUCCUCUCCCAGGCAAGAUCACCACUUCCUCUCCUUGAGGGGAGAUGGUCCAAAGAAGAGCUCCAUGGAGGCCAGGUUUCAUGAUGGCAUCUCUGAGGGGACCAGUGCUCUGUUUGUAAGUGGCCUCUGCCGCUGGCCUGGCUGUGAUGUGGUGUCUGAAGAUUUCCCUAGUUUCUUAAAGCAUCUCUAUUCUGAGCACAGUCAUGGUGACAGAAGCAUUGCUCAGUGGAAGGUCCAGCAAGAUAUUGUUCAGUGCAUGGAGAGUCAGCUCAUCCUGGAAAAACAGAAACUCAUUGCGAUGCAACUUCAUCUACACCUCUCUGAACACAAACACACUGAUUUGGCAGCUUCUCAGUGGCCGUACAGCCUUCCUCUGUUCCUGCCCCAGCCUCAGCUCACAGACGGAGACAGAGUGCAACAAUGGCGCAUUAAACAUCUGGAGGAGUUGUCCCAGCAUGGCUACAGAGCUACUGGUUCUGCCCACCUUCUGCCAGAUUUGGUCCCAAGUAUUGAAUGUUACAAAUACAACAACAUCAGGCCCCCGUACACCUAUGCCUACUUGAUACGAUGGUCCAUCCUGAAGUCUGCAGACAAACAGUGCACUCUGAAUGAGAUUUACAACUGGUUCACUACCAUGUUCUUCUACUUCAGACACAACACUGCUACCUGGAAGAAUGCGGUGCGGCACAACCUCAGCCUACACAAGUGUUUUGUGCGAGUGGAGGGAGGAAAGGGAGCUGUGUGGACAGUGGAUGAAACAGAGUACCAGAGGAGGAAAGGACAAAAGUAUCACAGGGACUGUCCUGUGAAGUGGCUGACACCGUACUCCCAUUACUGUCUAGAGGACCCCUGAACACCAGCAGAUGGCAGCACUGAGAAGCCCUUUUAGUCCAGGAGCUGGAAUAACAUUCUCAUAUAGGGGUGUACAGAACCGCAUGAAAAACUGAAAAAUCUGUUGAAAUGAAAUGUUUUUAUUUUGUUGUAUUUUCAAAUGAACUGUUUAAAACACUUCUGUAUCAUUUGUAAGAUCAAAAUGUUUUGUACAAAUACAUGACAGUAUUUUUGAUUUCUAAUUCUAAAAGAAGUAUUGCAAAAUUGA